AUGACCAUGACCGUUAUAGUUACAGUUACCGUUACUGUGAUCAUGAUCGUGACCGUGACUAUUAUCGUAACCAUGAUAGGGACCAUUAUCGCAAGUGUCACCAUCACUGUUACCAUUACCAUCGCCGUAUAUGUUACCGUCAGUGUUACCAUCACUGUCAGUGUUACCUUCAGCGUUAUCGUUACUGUUACCGUUACCGUUCUUGUUAUCAUUGCAAUUACCAUGACUGUUACCGUCACUGUCACCAUCACCAUUACCAUUACCGUCACCUUAACCAUUACCGUUACCAUUAUCAUUACUAUUACCAUCAUAAUUAUAAUGAUUGUCACCGUUACCGUUACGAUCAUUGUAACCGUUACUGUCACCAUCAUCGUUUCCGUCACCGUUACCAUCAUCGUUACUAUUACCAUUAUCGUUCUUUACCAUCACCUUAACCAUAAUGGUUACCAUCAUCAUUACCGUUGCCAUCACUGUUAUUAUAACCAUGACCGUGACUGUUACUAUUACCUUUACAGUCAUCGUUAUCAUUACUGUAACCAUGAUCAGGACCAUUACCGCCACUGUCACUAUCACCGUUACCGUUACUAUCACGUCACCGUUACCAUUACCAUUAUUGCAACCAUUAUAAUAACCGUUAUCGUUACCAUUGCCAUCACUGUUAUUGUGACCGUGACCUUUACCGUCACCGUGACCGUCACCAUGAUCGUCACCAUUACCGUCACUAUUAUGGUUACCAUUACUGUUACCAUUACCGUUAUUGUUGUCGUCACAAUUACCGUGAUCGUUACCUUUACCGUCACCGUUACAGUUAACUUCACCAUAACCGUUACCGUCACCAUUACCAUCACCGUCACUGUUUUCAUCAUCGUUAUUGUUACCAUUAUCAUUACUAUUACCGUCACAGUUAUCGUUACUGUAACCAUUACCUUCACCGAUAUUGUUAUCGUCGUCGUAAUUGUUACCGUCACAGUUACCAUCAUCAUUACCGUCACCGUCACCGUCACCGUUACCAUUACCAUAAUCGUUACCAUCACCAUUACCAUAACCGUUACCGUCAUCGUUACUGUUACCAUUACUGUUACUGUUACCCUCACAGUUAUCGUGACCGUUAUCGUUAUUGUUAUCGUCAUCGUAACUAUUACCAUAACCAUUUCUGUAAUCAUUACCAUAACCGUUACUGUAAUUGUUAUUAUUACCAUUACCGUUAACAUUAUCGUUACUGUUACCGUCACAGUUACCGUGAUCGUUACUGUCAUUGUUAUCAUUACCGUUACCUUUAUCGUCACCAUAACAGUUACCAUAACUGUUACUGUAAUCAUUAUCGUAAUCGUUAGCAUAACCGUUACCGUAAUCAUUACCGUUACCAUAACCAUGACCGUGACUGUGACUGUUACUGUUGUCGUUACCGUUUUCGUCACUGUGACCAUGACCGUUAUCGUAACCAUGAUCGGGACCAUUAUCGCCACUAUCACCGUUAUAGUUACCAUUACUUUGACCGUCACUGUUACAAUUAUUGUGACCGUAACCGUUACUGUCACCAUUACCAUUAUCGUUACUGUUACCGUCACUGUUUUCGUCACCGUUACCAUCAUCGUUUUCGUCAUCAUUACCGUUACCAUUACCAUUACUAUUAUCAUCACUGUUACCGUUACCGUGACCAUUACCAUUACUAUUAUCGUCACCAUUACUGUUAUCGUCAUCGUUACCAUUACCAUUAUCAUUACCGUCACCAUAACCAUUAUCAUCACCUUUACUGUCACCGUUACCGUCAUUGUUACUAUGAACGUUACCAUGACCGUGACCAUUAACGCCACCAGUACCGUAACAGUCACAGUUACCAUCAUUGUUACUGUUACUGUCACCGUAACUGUCACCGUCACCAUUAUCGUGACCGUAACCUUUAUUGAAAUCGUUACCGUAACCAUUAGCGUCACCGUUACCGUCACCAUCACUCUUACCGUCAUCGUUACCGUUACCAUCUCCAUUACUAUCAUCGUAACAAUUACCAUUACCGUUAAUAUUACCGUCAUCGUUACCAUGACCGUUACUGUUACCGCUAUAGUGAUCAUCACCAUUACCACUACCAUUACUGCUUCUACCAUCGUCACCAUAACCAUUACCGUCACUGUUACCAUCACGACUACAGUCAUCGUCACCAUCACCAUUACCGUUACUGUCACCGUCACCGUCACCGUAACAUCAUCGUUACAAUUACCAUUACUCUCACCGUCACGGUUACCAUCACCAUAA